AUGGGCACAUCUUCGCUCUCGAAACUGUUCGCUCGUCCUUCAAAACGCCUGGGUGUUCAUUCCAUGAAAGGUAAAGAAGAGUCCAAUUUCAGCAGUGAAAUCUUCCAACUGCUGAUGCUCAACAGCAUGAGGAAAGUUCUUCCAGUGCGAGGUCAGAGCAAGAUCUCCAUUCCGGUGUCUGUUGAAAAGCCUUCUCCACCAAUGUCAAAAGAGGAGGCCUUCGAGGCGUUGUUGGCGAUGUCUGAAUCUGACGAGGAUUCGAAGCGCUCUUCAGUUUUUACCAUGAAAAGGACGAGUUCUGGCGAGUCAUCACCAUCAGAAUACUCAAGCUCCCCUUCAACACCUUCUUCGUUCUCGCUCAGCGUACUUUCUGGAGACUCUGAAAAGAAGGAUGGUGAAAGUAUUAGAUUCCCCAAAAGCGACACGGAGUCUGAUUUGGCGGUGCCUUCUGAGGAAAAGCUUGAACCUACUACCCUUGCGACUGAGGUAGGCUCAAAAGAAGACGUGGCGGAGGACCCUUGCUCUGGCGGGCAUACACAAGAUGAUGAUUACCUCGAUAUGCGCCUGGUCAAUAAGCUCUUCGAGGACAUUGUCAACCCGCGUGCGCGUCGCGUAGGUAUGGUCCCCGGACCACGCACUGGACUUGGGAACGCUAUUUUGGCCGCAUAUAAGCAGGAGUUACUAGAGACUGUUAUUGCGCUUGAGGAUUCGUUUUCCUCACCGGUCCCCGCGUCGGGACUUUCACCGUACCCAUGGGAUAAGGUGCCUGAGGUAUCGGGUGGCGACAUAGAUGCCGGGGACAGCUCGCCUGACGCCAGUUUCGACAGCGCUGUGGUUAGUCUGGAUAUCUUCAAAGAAAAGGACGAAGUCCCUUCCCAACCAACCACGGCGGAAGGAAGAACCGGAUCCCAAUCCUCUGUUGACUGUGGUUCAUAUUCUCCUUCGAAGACAGCAAGACAAAGUGAGGGGAAUUUUGCGCAUUUCUGUGGACAGGGAUAUACAUCCUCCCGACACGAAAGUGUUCAGGACCAUUUCAACUCGCCCAUUCGCUAA